UGAAGAUUAGUAGAUUUUGAUGUUUACACUGCUGUGUUGAUUGACGAUAUAUUUGGAAAUGCUGUACUGGACGAAAAUCUGUUAAAAAAGUGGGAAGUUUUCCUUAUUGACAUACGUAAUGCAGCCAAUCAAAGAAAGUUGUCAUUUGUGAUAACUACUCGCCAUUAUAUAAUGCAAGAAGCAAAAGUAAAACUGCACGAUCGAGCUGAUAUGUUCAAUGGGAAAAAUGUCACCAUUCUAUUUUCUUCCAGAUUAACCCCAGAGGAGAAGUAUUAAAUUCUGAAAGCACAUCUUAUGAAAAACAAAAGGAAAAUUGAAACGAAUUCAUACAUGCAUGAAUCCAUUGAAACACAGUGGGAAAGGGUCACCAGGACAUCAAACAAAGUUCUCACUGUUGGAUUUCCAGAAUGCGCGUCCAUGUUUGCAUCAUCAGACAUUUGUUCGCCAAAGAUAUUGAAUUCUUUUCCUCCCCUCUUGAGUUUUUUCAGAAAUUUAUUCAAGAUAUUUCCAAGGAUGAAGACGAAUUUAUACCAUUGGUUCUUGUUUGGUUGAAGACACCAGAAAAACUUGCGAUAAACAAUUUCAAUAUUGGUGAUAACAGAAAACAAUUACAGAAGCUAGAAGAAGAAUUCGGGUAUCCAUUUCAUAAGAAGGCAAAAGAAAUAAAGAAAUGCUUGGAUAGCCAUAGGGACGAAUUCCUAGUGUUUAGUACUAAAACAGGUGAAUACUCGUUCAGUCAUAGUGUGAUUAGUGAUGUAGUCGGAAUUGUUUGUGCCAGAGAAUAUGCUGAUACCAUUAUAAAGCAUGCAUCUAAAGAUUUCGUAAUGAAAUACGUCAAGACCACCCUACCUUGUUUCAAAGACGACCUGAUCAUUUAUAUUGAAGAGUACCAAUUCAAUGGGCUCAUUGAGAAGUUUAACCAAUUGUUACAUAUGGCAGAAGAUGAUACACAAGACUUCCCAUUUGACAAUGAUUUCUUUAUUAAACCUCGCGUGAAAUAUGGCGGGAUCGGUAACACAAGAAUAUGCUCACACUUCCUAAUGAACAAUUCAGUACUUAAACAUGACGCAUUCUACAAUAAGGAUUUCAUUAAAAAAUUUGUCGAAAACUGGGUGAAAGGAGAAAAGGACAAACGUGUAAAUAAUUCACUAGUCUACGCAUUUGAAAUAUUGAAGAUUAAAACUUGCAUCAAGGUUGAACGACAUGAAAUGGGAAUGUGUCUGCCAUCUAUCCUUUUGGCAAAGAAAAAUGAACUUUUGGUUCAAGAAUGUCUAAACAAGUCAGUUCUGAAUGAAAAUGAAAAAUAUAUAUCUUUGCUGCUAGCUACGAGAGAUAGAAACAAAGGUUUAGUACAGAAACUAGUUCUUCAUGGUAUGGGAGCAAAUGAAGAUGUCUUACAAAUAGCAACGGUCAAUGAAGAUUUAGAACUGUUAGACUUUUUGUUACAGAACCAGAACGGAUAUGAUUUCCCUUCACAUAUUCAACAUGGAAAUAGUCCAUUAAUCACAGCAGCUAAAAGAGGUUCUGUCGACCUUGCUGAAUGCCUGCUCAGGAGUGGUGUUGAUGUCAAUUAUAGAAACAAGAAUAAUGUAUCUGCUCUUGACAAAGCUGUGAUAUGGAACCAAGUGGAAAUGUGCCGCGUGCUUUUAAACCAUGGCGCGGCUGUGAAUGUAAAAGGUGGAAAGUUUCAGCGAACACCAUUGAACAUUGCAGCAGACAUGGGGCGUAACGAUUUAGUGCAACUAUUACUUAACAAUGGGGCAGAUGUCAAUAAACGCGACCAUAAAAAUGACUAUCCGUGUCAAUCAGCGGCUGUUCUUGGACAUUCCAAAAUAUUGAAAGAAAUUAUUGAAAAGGACAUUUCUUCCGGAGCUUGCAUGUCUUUGUAUCAUAUAGCUGUAGUUAAAGAUAACCAAAGCAUAUUGCGAGUUCUGAAAGAGGUUGGUGUUGACCCUAACAUGAAAGAUAAAUAUGGAAGGACGGCCCUUUAUCUUGCAGCAGUAUAUGGAAAAACUGCACUCGUUCAGUUGCUUCUCGAUGUUGCAGAUCCAAAUGUAUUUGAGAAAAAUGGGUAUACACCAUUAAAUGCGGCUGUUUACAAAGACGAUUUGGAGAUUGUCCAGCUACUGAGUAAUCGGCAGCAAGUUAUCGUCAAUCUACCAGACAAACGCGGAUACACCCCUCUUCACCUUGCAUGCAAAACAGCAAAUUAUGAUAUCAUCGUCGAACUAUUGAAGAUGCGGCAAGUAGAUGUGCGUAUGAUGACGAAGAAAGGCGAGACAGUUCUACACAUACUUAAAGCCUCGACAAGGAGAACCAAAAAUUUGUCAAAGUGUUUAGAGGCAAUACAACAAACGGACCCUUACUUUGUAGAACAAUCUGGGAUAGGGAUAUCCUUCGACAACUAUGAGAACGAAAACUAAACAUAUGCAAAUCGCAGGCUCAGUGUAUGUGUAUAUUCGGAUGUGCAGUGUAUGUCAAGCCCGUAGCUGAGUACAUCCUUACGGAGUACAUAGUCUUCAACACUUUAAAUAUUUGUAUCAAUGAUCAUGAAGGACCAAACAAAUAUAAAAAACUGUGAUUAUAAAAUGUAAAUGUUUUAAAAUCGUUAACGAUAAACAUUUGUUAUUGGUAAUCCAUUUGUGGAGUUUGAAAUUGAUACAUCCAAAACCAUUUUAGAUAUGCCUCAGAAAAAGUAAAUGUAUAAAACAUUA